AAAUAUGUAUCAACCACAGAACUGACACUUAGUAACAGUUCCCACACACUACCAGUAAGUUGACUCACUGUACAAGACCUCUCCUCUCCCCUUCAGUCUACUGCAGGGUGGGAGUUGCAACAAUGGCCUUGAGAACAGUAGGAAGUGUGUUGAUGGUCUUUCUCUGGUCUGUAGCAGUGGCACUGGGGCAGAUUGGCUGGAGUGUUACAUACACCAAGAAGAGUAUCUGUACCUUGAAGGGGUCAACAGUGGAGAUGUCCUGCUCUAUCAGAUAUCCCAGUUGGCAUAAAGUCAAAACAACCUUCUGGUUCACCAAAAUGUAUGAUGUGGAGAAUUAUGUAAAUCUGAAAGAUGACCCAGUCUACCAAGGUCGUGUGACGUACCAUAGUGAUAAGACGAAUGGACACACCCUGAGAAUCACAGACCUGAGAGAAAGUGACUUUGCUGAGUACAAAUUCAGAUUUAUAACAGAUCAGACUGGAGGGAAAUAUUCUGGCUAUCCUGGAGUCACUCUGUCUGUUACAGACCUGCAGGUGAAGGUGACCACUACAUGGUGGUCAACGACACUGACCUGUAGCACCACCUGUACUCUGACUGGUAACCCCACCUACAUCUGGUACAGGAACAGUAAGAUUGCACAAAAGGACCCCUCCCCCUCAUACUCAUUGUACUUAAAAACUGAAGACAGCUUCUACUGUGCUGUAAAAGACAUCAAUUCUCCUGCAGUGUCUGUUGAGGGUCACAGUUAUUUCCACGUGACUUACACCCAACAGAGGAUCUGUACCUUGAAUGGGUCAUCAGUGGACAUAUCCUGCUCUUAUACUUAUCCCAGUGGUCAUACAGUCUCUGAAACAAUCUGGUAUACAAAAGGAAAACUUAAUGAGGCGCCUCAAAUCCUGAGCCCGGGGUAUGGAGGUCGUGUGGAGUACCUUGGAAAUAUGCAGAGUGACUCCACCCUAAGAAUCACAGACCUGAGAGAGGAAGACUCAGCUGAGUAUAAGAUUAGAUUCAGAACAGAUCAGACAACCUGGGAGCCCACCUUCCCUGGAACAACUCUGACUGUCACAGGUCUGCAGGUGAAGGUGACUCCUGCCACUGUGACAGAGGGACAGAAGGUGACACUGACCUGUAGCACCACCUGUACUCUGGGUAACAACCCCACCUACGUUUGGUACAAGAAUGGACAUGUAACCAACCAAUCUACCAGUCUGUUCCUAAACCCAGUCAGCAGUGAGGAUACAGGCAGAUACUCCUGUGCUGUAGAAGGACAUGAGGAUCUCCCCUCUGAUGAAGAGACUCUCACUGUCACAUGUGAGGAUGUGUGAUCCAUCUCCACUUGUAUUC